AUGCACGAAGUCUUGCUAAGGCCUAUGCCAAUAAAAAAUUCGAGUUUCGUAAUGCUAAGCUGCAAUGUAAUAAAUGCAGAAAACCAGGGCAUUUCGGUCGAAUGUCGGUCUAGCCAUUUUAGUCAGCGUUUUUUACUGCCGAAACCGGAUAAGAAACCAGCCGGAGUGAAUAGCAAAGAGAAGUAUUGCACGCAUUGCAAGAAACUGGGCAUUUACGGCAGGAAUAUUACAAGGGAAUAUUGGGAAUCGAUUUCUUACAACGACAACGAGCUAAGUGUGACCAUGGACGGAAGAUGUGACGUAUUCCAUCUAAAUAAUGAUACGUUAAGCUGUACUACCACGGUACACCACGAGAUAGCUACACGCGUAGACAGCGCGCGUCAAUAUCCGACCUUACCGCUUACCGGAAAAGCAUAUCGGGCGGAAGUGAACCGAGCUAGAUCGCACAGAACUUUCGCGGAGUAUCUCUGUCGUUACAUAAAUGAGGAUCAAACAAAUUGGGACGAAUGGAUCCCGUACGCGAUGUUUACGUAUAACACGACACCGUAUACAGCUAUCUCGUAUACUCCGUUUGAAUUAGUAUACGGGUAUCAAGCGACGCUACCUCCGAAGCCAUGGUACUCGUAUGACGACUACACACACGAGCUUAGGGAACGACUACGGGCAACGCAUCAAGUUGCGAAACAAUACGUGAAGGAGGCGAAAACAAAAGCGAAGGACUAUGCCGAUCAGACAAUUAAAUCCGUACGUUUAAAGUAG